AUGCCUUCUGGACUCGGUGCAGGCCUUGAAGCUUCCCUAGCGCCUGUAAAAGAUGAGAUGCAUUUCGAUAGCCCAAAAAGCAGAGUCGAUGUGCCUUUUCCAUCGAGUCAUUGUGAGGGAUUGAUGCUAAUAAUGGAAAUCAAAAGACAAAAAUGCCGUCGUGUGCCUGAGGAUUUUGCAAAGGGGCAAAAUAUAAGCAGUGGCAAUGAUGAUGCUGCCAAAGAAUCAUUGUUGGAGCAAGACCCACAAAAGAAUGUAAGCGAUGAAGAUGCUUUUCGGUGCCCCAAAAGAGUUGAUGUGCCUUCUCCAUCGAGUCAUUGUGAGGGAUUGAUGCUAAUAAUAGAAAUCAACAGACAAAAAUGCCAUCGUGUGCCUGAGGAUUUUGCAACCGGGCAAAAUAUAAGUAGUGGCAAUGAUGAUGCUGCCAAAGAAUCAUUGCUGAGCCCUGAGCAAGACCAACAAAAGAAUGUAAGGGAUGAAGAUGCUUUUUGGAGCCCAAAAAUUGACGUUGCUGUUGAGGGAGUGGUGCGAGAACAACUGAAAAUUGCUUGCAAUGAUGACAACGUACUGUCCAAGAAUGCCACAACUGAUGCUCCUUAAGAAUGGCAAUCAUGUAUUGCGAGCAACGAUAAAAAUACCUUUGAUGAGUACUACCCACUUGCCACUGCCCAAGAAUGCUAUUACUGAUGAUGGUGCUUAAGAAUGAUGACGGUCCACCCCGAGCCACUGUCAUUUGGAUGGCGUUUGAAGAAAUUGUCUUUGAUGAGUACUAUCUCAACUUGCCAUUGCCCAAGAAUGCUAUUACUGAUGAUGGUGCUUAAGAAUGAUGACGAUCCACCCCGAGCCACUGUCACUUGGAUGGUGUUUGAAGAAAUUGUGGAUUGUUUGCAGCGAUUAUUAAAUUAGCUGCAUGCAUUGGUGAUACUUUGAUGGCAUUGAAGAAUUGUGCGAACAAAGAGGGGAAAGUGGCUGCGAGCAUCUACGCAAAACUUGGACACUUUGAAUGGUCUCCCAGACUUUGAUGCCGAUGAUGUCUUUUACAAAAUGAUCCAGACUUGCCAAUUCAGGCUUUGCUAACUGAUUGCUGCGUUUUUUUCAACCGACCUGAUUAAAUGUUGAUGGAUUGAAGACUUCGAUACUUGCAUCGUUGCUUAUCCUAGUCUCUAUCUACCCUAUCAAAGAAUCUGAGUCAUCGCCAAGUAAGCACAGUGAUUCCAUAGAUAAAGUUCCUGGUUCAAAAUUGAAAGAAAACUUAUUUUUAAAAAUAGAAGAAAACAAUUUCAUGAAGUCUGAGUUAAUAAAAAAUCCUAGGAUGACUUCAAAUAUUUCAAGGAGCCAAUUAUUGCAAUCACAAAGAGCCCAAUUUUUAGCCUCUAAUAAUACAAGCCAAUUACAAAUAACCGCACAAUUUAAAAACGGCCACUAUACAGGAAUCACAACAGGGGGACAAAGCAUCAGAAAGAGUGAAAUACCUAA